UUAGUCUGUUUUUUAUUCUUGGCCCGGCAUGGUGCGUUGACGUUUCUACCGCGGUUUGCCGGUUUCGUUAAGCGAGAAAGUCAACAGCAACAAAAUCAACGCAUCAAAAACAGUGUCAAUUCGCCUUAAAGAGCUUUCACUGUAGCAGCUCUUUGCAAACGCAGCGUAUUUAAUUGAGGAAUUAGCGUAAGAUCGAGCAAAAUGUGGGCGGCGCUCGUGUGGCUCACCAUCAUUGCCACAACAACAACAACAACAGCUGCAACAACAGCUGCAACAGCAACAACAACCCCCUCUGAAGGGGGGUUUCCCUGCGCCUAUGCAGACACGGUUAACAUAACGGACGGGCUGCGGCUGAAGGAUGGCUCGUACUCGUACGCGGGCGUCCUGGUGCCGCCGGAGCUGAUAACCGAAUAUAGCUUCAAGGUCAUAGACGGCGUGGAGUAUCGGGCGCCGAAGCAUCUGAGGGGCUGCGUUUGCCAGCUGAAGCCGUGCAUCACGUUCUGCUGUCCGCCGGAUUUGGUGUUCAAUGCGCAGAGCUGGAACUGCACCAAGCCGGCGCAGGCGCGACAGAUUAGCCACGUGGAGCUGAGCUACAGCAACCGGAGCGUGGCCCAGGUGAAGAUCCUCGAGCACUUUGUGGUGCGCACCGAGCUGGGCUGCCACAACAAGUUCGUGGACACCAAGCACGACACCUUCUGGCGGUGGGAUCUGCAGGCGAACGGCAGCCUGGUGCGCGACGGACGCCUCUGGAGCACCGACGAGUACUGCUUCACGCCGCUGGAGCACAACAAGGCCUGGGAGCUGACCCCGCUCAACUGCGAGCGCUUCCAGCGCGGCUAUCGCGUCUGGAUCUAUGCCAUAUGCAGCAUCAUUGCCAUACUCAUCAACAUAUUCAUACUCUCACUCCUGAGCUCCAUCAACGAGGCCCGGCGCAGUCAUUAUGGCCAGCUGAUCAUCUACUAUCUGCUCUCGGCCAUAGUUGGCUACUCGCUCCUGGUCUACCUGACCCUGAAGAAUCCCAUGAGUCUAUCCCACGAGGCCUGUCGCAACAUAGGUUUCUUAACCUACUUUUGCAUCAUGUUGUCCUUCGUCUAUUUGGCCAUGUUGAGUCUGGACUUUCUGCUGAAGUUCCGCCUGAAACCCGUCAAGACCUGGCUGCGCACCCUGUGCUUCUUUAUAGCCCUCGUCUGUGUCAUCGCGCUGCGUUUUCUGGUCUCCUUCGCGCAGGACUCCGAUCUGCCCAAGCACCUGAAGCCCGGCAUUGGCGAGGACUACUGCUGGUUCGAUGUGCGUCUGUGGGGCAUCCUGAUCUACUAUUAUGUGCCGAUUGUCCUGCUGCUGAUCUUCAGCAUCGGCUGCUGCCUGAAGGCUUACUUUGCCAUCUUUGAGCUGCCGGCGGAUACGCAAUAUGUCCUCGGCACUGAGCUGCGGAUCAUGAAAACUCACUUCUACGCCUUCUCCGCGUACUUGGUGGGCGUGUUCUCCGUUUGGGUGCGCGAAAUGAUCGUCUAUAUACUGGCCCGGGUGCGGGAGCACUUCUUCAUCAUCGAUUUCUGGAGCGGCAUUUGCAUCCUGGUGCUGGCCGUGGCCGGGUUCUUUCUGCUGCUGGGCAAGAAUAUGCACGUGAAGACCUGGUGGUCCAUCAAUGUCGAAUCGAGUCAGACGGAUCUGAGCAUCAUAAACGCACGUGUUUACAAAUUCGACGAGAAGGGUGAUCUUAAGAAUCCAGAUUCACCUUAUAGACCGACGGUGACAUCACUUUAACUGCCGCCACUUUCUCAUAUCUGGACGCUGGUGUAUUCACGGCUUGUAUUCAUGAUUCAUGAUUCAUGAUUCAUGAUUCAUCAGGGUAUUUGCUCAGCUUGGUUAUGAGUCAUUUUCAAUGAUAGCAAAUAAUAUACGCAUUAAGCAUUAUUAAGACUUGUUAUACUUACUUACAAUUAACGAUUAAACAUCGGUUUUUAUUCUCGAAA